AUGUCGGUGAAGAUUGCACUAUCUUGCAAAAAGCUGGCAGUGGCUGAGACCACUGGCUAUCAGCCCCCAGACCCAUAUGCUAUCCUCUUUGCUGCGGAUAGCAGAGGGAAUUGGGAGGAAGUCUCACGCACUGAGACUCUGCAGAAUAGUAGAGAUCCAGACUUCGACGUUGCACUGGCGUGCACCUUUGUCUUUGAGAGGCCGCAGCGGCUGAAGGCAGUGGUACUGUCCAGGAGUAAGAAGAAUGGGGGCGAUUUGAGCCUGGGCGAGGCAGAGUUCACUCUGAGGGAGCUCGUGACAGCACGAGGAAACCGUCUGCAGCUCCCGCUGCAGGAUGGGGCCUUGGACGCCUCAUGCACGCUCAUAGUGCUGGAUUCCUCCGACCUGAACUCAGACUUUGUGGCGCGGCUGGAAGUACAGGAAGUGCCGCUGAGCAGCCCUGGCAGCUCCCAGGUCUUCCUGCGCGCGGUCAGGGAAGGCCGCGGCGGUGCCGAAAAGCCCGUCAUGCAGACCAAGGCGCUGGCGUCCGGGGGCCGGCUGGCGUGGGCGGUGGAGGCGGGAGUGCGCGAGCUGUGCGACGGGGAUUUUGGCGCGCCGCUGAAGCUCGAGGUGUGGGAGGCCGUCAGCGGCCGCUGCAGCCUGGUGGGCGCCGCGCGCACCGACCUGCGCUCGCUCGCCAGCGCUGACAGCGCGCACCUGCAGCUGUCCGCCCAGGGCAAGGAGGCGGGUGAGAUCGCCCUCGGGGCCGCGUCGGUGCGGCGGCGGCUGAGCUUCCUGGACUACAUGGCGGGCGGCUGCGAGAUCCAGUGCAUGGUCGCCAUCGAUUUCAGCGGCGGCAACCCGCCCACCAACGACCCCGCCUCCUGCCACUUUGCAGGCAAGCGCACCUCUCCACCCUCGCUCUGGGCUCAUGCAAACAUUGCGCCAGUCCCUGUUGAGUCAGAGGCUGCAUGUCCCGACGGACAGAGCGCCAGCGUGUACGAGCGCGCAAUGGCUGCCUUUGGGGCGAUCAUGCAAUUCUACGACCCACUGCGCUCCUUCCCCCUCUGGGGCUUCGGCGGCCAGGGCAAGCAGACCUGCUACGCGCUGAAUGGGCAGGCCUUCCAGCCGGAGGUGAAGGGCCUGCGCGGCCUGCUGCGAACCUACAGGAAGGCGCUUCACCGCGCGACGUUCACGGGGCCGGCGCUGUUUGCUCCGGUGGUGACCGCAGCAAGGGACCUGGUGGAGCAGCUCUCGCUGGUGCAGCACCGCUAUUUUUUGCUGGUCAUCCUGACGACCAGCGUGGGUGACGACCUGGAGGAGUUCAAGGCUUCGCUGAUGCAUGCUGCUGGCGAGCUUGCGCUCUCUGUUGUGGUGGUCGGCAUUGGAUCGGCGGACUUUGGCCCUCUGGAGGCGGCGGUGAUGAGCAAGGGAGGGUCGGAGGCAACGCCGUCGCGCGGAGGCGGCAAGGCCCCCAACGGCCGCGCAAUGGUCCGCACCAGCCUCGACACGCGCAACAUGACGCAGUUCACCACGCUCUCGCCGGAGUCCGCCGCCGAAUACGACGCCGUCGCGCAGCGUCUCUUGUCCCGGCUGCCGAGCCAGUUCAUGGAGUACUUCCACAAGCGGGGGAUCAUCCCCAAGACCUUCAGCAGCGAUCUGGUGCAGCAGACCAAGGCGCACAUCGCGCGGGCACGCAGCAACGAGCAGUGA